UGGCAGUAAAUCUAUAAAGGUGUGUAGUCUCGCGGCGCAGGUAGCUCGGCGGCGAAGUCUGAUCGGUGCGUCGGAGCCAGCUGGGAACGCGCACGGAGGCCUAACAUGCGCCAGGAGCUCUGAGUGACCGAGGUCCGCCACAGUCUCGCCGGUAUGUACCCCAACUCCCAGCCGGCCCGGCACCCGGCUCAGACGCUGUCUCUCAACAGCCAGUACAUCCCGCCCCCGUAUGACUUCACCGGUUACCAUCACGUCCCGGGAGUCGCGGACCCGUCGACGUGUUCGUGGAACUCCUUUUACGCGCCGCGGGACGAGUACGCGUACGGCUUCCCGGGGUCGAGCCCCGGCGCCUCGCAGCCCGGCUACGCGUCCGCGGAGCUGAGCAGCCCGCCCUCCGCCGCCGGAGGCCCGCCGUUCGCCCCCUUCGGCUUCAUCUCAGCGCAGGACACCUUCAGCUCCAGGAGGAGGCCGCACGAGGCCGGCAGAGCGUCGAUCUCAGGAGGCAAGACCCGCACCAAGGACAAGUACAGGGUGGUGUACACGGACCACCAGCGCCUGGAGCUGGAGAAGGAGUUCCAGUACAACCGCUACAUCACCAUGAGGCGCAAGACGGAGCUGUCAGUGGCCCUGAGCCUCUCAGAGAGACAGGUGAAGAUCUGGUUUCAGAACCGACGCGCCAAGGAGCGGAAGCUCAACAGGAAGAAGCUGCAGAAUUCCCACCAGGCGUCGACCACGACGCCCACGCCGCCCGUCCUGGCCUCGCUGGCCGACGCCCACAUCGCGGCCAGCCCCAGCAGCAACAUCCUGUCUGACGCUAUAUCGGAGGAGUACUAGGUGGACGGGUCACGGACUGAUGCAGUACUGCGUGUGUACAUAGUGUUUAUAACAGAAGAGUCACCUGCACCUCCUGCCUGAACCAAUGACAAGCACCUCACGUCUUUUGCACCGAUCAUCUCAAUUCCAAUCAGUUAUUUUCUGUUAAUGACUUUUAAUUCAUCUCCGGGAGUUUUUACAGACGUUAUUAAUAGUCAGAGUUACAUCAGACUCAUGUCCAACAGCAGCCGGUCUGAGGACUUUGUGAACAGUGGUGAAACAGCAUUUAGCCAGUUCCUCUUUGUUUAACGCCAAGUGAUGGUGAAACACGAUAGAGUGGCGGUGAAUGUUCUGCCACAGGUCACGAAAACAAACGACUAAAAACGUGUCUUCAAACUUGAUGUUUUUUACAGACGUCUGAGGAAACGCGCCCCAAAUUGAACAGCAUUUCUUCAGGUUUCGUCUGUCAAAAAACAGCUCGUCUCCCUAUUUUUAGGGAAGAACACGUAGCACAAUUUAAACGAAACCUCCUGGUCUGUGUUCAAGACAGAAGAAUAAAAUUCUCCCAUUUUCUGA